CCUCAACUGCCCACGAUGUCAGUUGGGGAUGGAAUUCUCAGGACAGGGUGGCUGUUUGGGAAACAGGGUCAGCCAGGGAAACGCGGUUUCUGGACCCACUUUCUCAGGAGACGUGUCCCCACUGAGCCCUGGGAUCAGAGACUCGAAGACUCACGGAAGGAAGGCCGCCCGGAGAACCUGCUCUCCAGGGAGGUGACGCUGUCCAUGGUGGCCAUACCCAGUGAGGGUUUCUCCUGUCCCCACUGGAGGUCCAACUGCCUGUCGCCCGAAGGGGAGCAGAAGCUGGAUAUUGAGCACCUAGGCAGGGCGAGCACGAGCAAGCCCCCCAAUGACGGACCCCUCUGGGAGGAAGCGCUCGUCGGCAAAAUCAGGACCAUGUCGGCCUUGCAGAAGAGCCAGGCGUUGGAGGCCGUCCAGUGCCACAUCCAGGAGCACACCCAGCUCAUCAGGAAAGAGGUGCCCAACGCUGGCCUCCAGGAGCUCCUGGCGGCCUUGAACCUAGAACUCAAGCAGCCUUUGGAGAAGACCUUCCUCUUCCACUUUUACGGGCUGAUCCUCCGAGAGUGCGCCUGUGCGGAUCUGGUGAGGAGGCACCUGGCCGGCCUCCUGGAGCUGUCCCACCAGUCAUCCGGCCAGCGGGAGGGCAUUGCCGUGGCGGUCGGCAUUGUGUCCUCCACGCACAUGCAGGAGGUGUGGGCCGCGCUGGAGCACGUGGGCCGCACCAGGUUCCUGAGGACUGUCUUCACGUCCUCAGACAGCCAGCAGCCGGAGCCGGACACGCACUGGAGAUGGGCUGGCAGCACCUCCCUGCUCUGCUACGGGCAGAUGGCCGUGCACGCCGGGGCGCAGAUCCUGCCCUGGGUGGACAACAUCGUGUCCAGGAUGGUGUACUACUUCUCCUGCAGCCGCUAUGACAACAUCCUGAAGACGAGCUUCCUUUCGGCGACCAUCAUGCUUUUGAAGGCUCUCAGGCAGAACAGCACCCCGAGCUACAAAUUCUCUCAGAUCCCAGAGCUCAUCCAGUGCCUCCUGCGCAUCCUUCAGAAGGAGCCCAACUUCCUGGCCACCCUCUUCCGGGAGAAGAUCAUGUUGGUCAUCGUGGGACUGAGCAACCUGCGGCCCAGUCUCAAACCCAUGGUCAAGUCCCAGAUCCUGCACACCUGCCUGCAGAGCCUGUACACGCUCCCACCCACGGAGACGCUCAGGAGCAGUUUACCUCCGUUGGACGUGGCCCCGGACAUCACGGCGCUGUACCGGAAGUCGAUGCGGGCACUGGACCUGCUGUUGCAGAGCCUCAUCUCCGAGAACAAGAGUGUGGACGAGCUAUGCUUCAUCCUGCAGCACAUGGAGCCGUGGCUGAAGUCAGACAGCAGCCACGAGCGCCAGCAGGCAGUGCAGACCAUCUUCCUGUUCCUCAAGUACGUGGUGGACUACGUGGGGCUCACUGUGAGUCGCCUCGCCCGGCACCCUCGGGAGGGCAGCCAGGAAGGAGGAGGCCACCCCCUCCAUGCUGGGCCACCAGAUAGGCCUGCUCAUGCUGCUGUGGAGGGACAAGGAGCCCGUCACCCAGAGCCACGCCCACCAGUGCGUCUACCUCCUCCUGCAACUUCUGACCCAGCAGAAGGCACGUCGGAGUUCAUGUAUUUGAAGAAAAUGAAGAACUUUGAAGCAAAUGCCAGGAGGGAAACAGAAAUGAAGUUCUACGACCUGGUGAAGGUGCUGGAUGGGAACCUGACCAUGGCCCAGCAUACGCAGCUCGUCCUCACUCUCCUGCGAGGGCUCUGCAGCCACAACCACCUGCGCUGUGACCUGGCCUCACAGUUGCUCCUGAUGAUCGUCGAGGACCACAGCAUCAAGGCAGAGCAGGUGGCUGAGAUCCUGCAGGGCUUGUUCCAGGAGCUGCCCUCUAUCAUCUUCAAGAACACGCUGCAGACCGUGAUGCAGGCCGUGUCAGUGUUGGGGACUCAGCACGCCCAGGAGACAGUCGAGGUGAUGCUGUCCCUGUGUCACCCCUCUGAGAGACAGGUCAUGCCCCUGUGGAAGGCCCUAGCCAGCAACACCCAGCUGGCCCGCAAGGUCCUCACCCUGCUCUACAUGAAGCUGAGGUUGCGACCCCCCAAAGAGGUCGUCAGGUUCACCCAGCAGGCGGAGGUCAUCUCCCUGCUGGCCCUGGGUACCAUUUACGAGCUCCUGUACACCCAGGAGUACAAGGCCACGGUGCGCUGGGCCUUCGCAGGGGUCCUCGUGGGCCUGCUCACGCAGCUCCAUUACCUGUUUGAGCUGGAUGUGGUGGACGGCAUCUCAGACUACCAGGAGGAUGUCCUAGACGGGAAGCCCCUCAGCCCCUGCAGGACAUGCCUGGAGGCCCUGAAGGGUCUCUUCUGGACCACCAACUACUGGGAGGUGUUUGCCUACCUCAAGCUGCUGAGAGGCUGGGAGCUCUUUGAGCACAUGGAAACCUACACCGAGGGGGUGACCCUCUUGGCUAGGGCCAUGGCCCACUAUGACUGUGAGGUCAAGGCCGUCUUGGGACAGGCGGUCAUCUCCCUGAAGAGCUCUGAGGAAAGGGACAACAUCGUGGCCAUCCUCAUCAUCACGGAGUUUCUCAACAGCCACGAGCUCACCCAGUACGUGUCUCGGAGAACCGUGGACAACUUCCUGAGCCUGGGCCUGAACAACCCCAACCAGCUGGUGCAGGCCAUGAGCCUGAAGGGCCUCAGCAGUGCCCUGAUGCAUCCUGAGAAGGUGAUGCUGCUCCGGAACCGGCUGGCCGGGCUGCUGAACGGUUUCGUGGGGCCCGAGCCCAAGGACGUCAUGGGCCUGAUGGAAAUCCUGGGCGACAUCCUGCACCGCCUGGGGACCCAGGGCGUCGGCGCCACCAGCCUCAGGAUAGCCCAGCACUUGCUGCAGCUGUUCGACGAUGAACAGGCCGACGUGCGCGGAGGGGCCAUCCUCCUGUACGGAGACGUGCUCUACAGCGGCGGCAAGAAGUACCAGCAGGCACUCAAGAAUCACGCUUUCCAGGCCCUGGUGCCACUGCUUUUCCACCUGGCCGACUCCUGCCCCAACGUGGUCAUGAAAACAAAGCUGACCUUCCUGCGGUGUGCCAUCCUGCUGAAAUGGGAGUUCCGGAAGGAGCUUUUUGGGAAGCUGGCAUGGGGUCGUGGCCUCAGCGCCGAGAACGAUGUUUUCAUCUACACGGUGGAGAGCAACCUUGGCAACUACCACCAGUUUCUCAUGCAGGCGUUGACUUACCUGAGCAGCCCCGACAGGAACCUGAAGCAGGCGGCCGUGAAGUUCAUCGGGGGGAUGCUGCAGGACUACUUUCCCGACCUCUGCAUCUGUCUGAGGAAGGCCGACGUGAGGACCCUCAGGAAACACUUGGAGAUCCUGAAGCAGGACCCGGACUCCAUGAGCCGCAGAUUCUACAGCAGCUUCCUGGAGGACAUCUGGGAGCUGUCCCAGUACGUGACCCACUGAACCGUGGCUCGAUGUGCUGGUUCCCGGCGUGUGUUUGACGUUCUCUAUUAAAUGUGACAGAGUUCC